AUGUCACUCCUCCAGCUGCCAGACGAUGUGAUUCCCUCCAUCUUAACCCACCUUGAUCCACAGGACUACCUCGCAUUCUGCCGAGCAUCAAAGGCCGUAUACUUGAAAUAUCGACAAGAUUCCGUGUACUGGAGACAUGAAGCCUCGAACACAUUCCGUCUCCCGAUCAGCCCCCUUCUCGCGGCCGAUGGCCCUCGCUGGUACUGGCUGUACAAACGACUCAAGACCCAAACUCGUCUUUACACUUGGGGCCAAGGAUUGAAAGGGAGCUUGGGACCUGGAAGAGCUCUCCCAGUGCCUCGUCGACCACUGCCUCAAGGUCCACAUCAUAUUCCCCAGAGGGUCCUUCCACGCGUCCCACAUCGUCCUCUCCCAACCAUGAUCCAUUCACGACCGUUCCAGCGAGCCUCCUCCACCUGGCCCACAGAAGUUCACAUCCCCGACGACGUAGGAGUGAUAGCUGAUCUUCAGUGUGGAGGCUGGUCCACUACCAUUUUGUCCUCAGACGGCAAGCUAUACACCACCGGCUCAAUCGAUUCUAUGGACGGCAGAGUGGUAGGCGAAUCUUCCGACCACUUCCGCCAGCUCGAAUAUCUAACUCAGAGCACCUCCGCCGUCCGACAAUUUUCUUCAGGUCGUCGUCAUAUCCUGGCACUCACUGAUGAAGGGAAAAUACUCUCCUGGGACAGAAUUAAUGCCAAAGGCCUCAUGGUCUUCUCGCGGAUUGGGACAGAUUUCGGCGGACGACCUACUAGAGUCGCUGCAGGUUGGGCAGAGAGCUCUGCCUAUGUGCCGAAUAUAGGUAUCGUCUAUUGGACCCCCAUUCAAAAUGACCAAGUGGACGAAAUGCUGGAUGGGAAGGAGGUCAAAGAGAGGAUCAUUCCAGGAACUGCGAAGCGAACAGCCGAGACGGGAGACGUGGAGGUCCUCAAACACAUCGUUCUUGAGAAUUACAUCGUUUGGAUCACGAACGAGUCCAAGGUCUACGCAUGUGCUGUCCAUGUCGACAACCCUGAUCAGCCUGGACCAAGUCAUCCUCCAUUCGAGCUCCCGGGCUUCGACGCACCAGAUCGUGAAUUGAAAGAUAUCCAGGGCCAGUUUCACAGGUUUGGUGUGUUCACAGCAGCAGGCGAAGUACUUGCUGGUGACGUAGACUACAUCAGACGUUGUGCUGAAACCGUUCGAUCCCACCCCGACGUGCUAUCAUCAGAGGAUUGGUCUACCAUGACCACACUGCUUGCCUCCAGACCGCAGGACAUACCUGCCAUGCAGCAUACAGGCGUUAUAGCACUUGCGUAUGGCGACUACCAUUACCACGCCCUGCACGCUAACGGCAAAAUCACUUCGUACGGUACGGACUCCCAAAGCUGUGGUUCACUAGGUCUUUCUGGUCCGGAACAUGGCGGUCGGUUUCGUGGCUUGCGCAGAGAAAGACCUGGCCUACGAAGUGAUGCUGUGUUACUUCCCAUUGCCAAUAUCCGUGGUCGUCAAAUCUGGUUUGAGCCUGAACGGAAGGAUUGGCUGCAAUGGAUGGAAGACCAGCUAAGUCAACCACAUUUCGCAUUGAACGGCCAGCUAGCCCGCCAUAUCUGGGACGUUGAUGCGGUAAAGCAAGCUGCAUUCAGUGAAUGGGUCGAGCAGGAAGGCAAGCAUUGGGAAGAAGGACCCGCGAGCAAUGUACCCACAGAGUCAGAUGCUCAGCCAGGCAAGAGCCAGACCACAGAGGACUAUGCCAACCUCGAGUCAUACUUCCCAAUAGCCAUCGCAGCUGCGGGCUGGCACAGCGGCGCUUUGGUUCUGGUCGACGAGGAUAAAGCCCACGAGGUGCGCAGCAAAUGGGUCGUGUCCAGGCAGGAAAGCGACGAAGAUAAGACACGCUCAAUGCCAGGUGCGUUUGAGAGUCUGGAUCCCGACGAGGUCUAUGUAUGGAAGAGAGACGGAUUUCCCAAGGUGCAGUUACCGAAUGGGGUCGAAAUGCCUGGUGAAGGCGAGCUGAGGCCAUGGAGAGACGGGAGACCGACCAUGAAGGAACUGGGCCUUGAAUGA